GAAUGUCUUCUUAUUACAAUGCACCCUAAAAUUUAAUAUGUGAUUUUAUUAACAUAUAAUACAUAGUAAUCUUUAGUUGAUCACAUUUUCGAUCACUUUUUUUUAAUAAAAAGCUAAUACAUAACAAUAAACUUGAUGUGUAUUAAGCAGUUUUUAUCACUGUUUCUUGCUUUGGUUAAAUCAUCAUGACAUUAUCCGAUGAUCAUUACACCUAAUCAACCGGGAACUAAUCCUUAAAGAAUUUUGAUCAUUAACUCAUUACAUUAACAAUUGAUCAGCAAAAAAAAGUGAUCACUUUUAAAAAUGUCUUCUCACUACAAUGCACCCUAAAAAGUAAUAUGUUAUUUUAUUAACAUAUAAUACAUGGUAAUCUUUAAUUGACCACAUUUUCGAUCAGUUAUUGUAGUAAAAGCUGAUACGAAAGGUUUAACUUUAUGUGUAUUAAGCCGUUUUUAUCAUGGUUUCUUGCUUUGGGUAAAUCAUCAUGACUCAGAGACUUGAGGUAUUCGAGUCUUCGUGGUGAUAAGAUAGUCUUUUUUCCCAGCUGCUGUUGAUGCUGCUGUUACCAUAGCAAUUUCAGUUGGCCAAGUUCGAGCAAUUUGCUGGGCAAAUCAACGACAUGCAAAGCACUUUUGUUUAUUUCGUUGAUUGUUCCCACAAUUUUCGUACAAUGCCGGAAAAUGUACGUGCCCAAGCGUUGUUACUGUAAUUGCCCUCAAAAAAAAAAAUAAAGGAAAAAAGAAACCAAAGCGAACAGAAAAUAAAGAAGAUGAGAGAGAAAAAUAAAUCAUACAACGUGAAAAUUCUUUUCAAAUGUCAGACAAAGGCGAAAUCCCAGAGGGGAAGCGUGGGUGGGGGCAACUCGAGGGGGGAUUCCCUGCUUGACAGACUCGAAAGAUCUCUCAGAUGCGGACGCAAAUCACUGAGCGCUGUAAUCGUUCCCAGUUUUCGGAUAGGCCAGUGAAGAUGUUGCGCACAAGAUAUUGUAUGGGAAGAUCACGUACAGCAUGAAAUGGGGGCGUCAUUUACAUUGCCUUUUGGAGGAGCGAGCUUAGAGCCAGGAUCGCAUCCCAUCGCCUCGGAUCGUGAGCGUGUGAAUCAAAAGCAAAAGUAAGAGAUGAGCCGGCCAACUUUGGAGUAAGGGUCUCGAGAAGGGGCAGCCUAAAAUAUACGUACUCGUAGAUCUCCGAAACGUGAUCUUGAAAUGAGAACGUGUUGCCUUGUUAUUGAGAUGUCGAGGAUCUGGCGUGAACAAGUCCACAACAAAUUCUCAAGUCAAGGGAAUCGAAAGGAAAAUCGUAACUCUUAAAUCCUACUAAUAAUUUACUGUAAAAAAAAUAAUUGAAAAGGGAAAAUACGUUUGUGUAACCCAAGGGAACUCCCUACAGCAAUAUGUUUUUGACAGCCGACUAAUGAUAUAUUUCACCCUCACUUGUCACUGACAAAGGUACUAAAGAUCGUUUCAAGAGUUAACUAAAUUCAUUUCAAAUCCAUUUUAAUUCAAAUUUAAAGUCAAACCGUAAAGUUCUAUAAGUAUGCGGAAGUUUCGGGUAUCCAAAAUAAACGCCAAAAUUCUGCGCGCAACUUUUUUUUUCGCCAGAUGCCUGGGAUUGGUUUUCUUUCGAUUUAAGAACUCGAAAGAUAAUGUUUUGGUCUUCGAGGAAAGCGGCUGGAAUCGGAGAUGGUGGAAGUGGUUUACAGUAAUCCUGCGACUUAUGCCUCUUUGUGUUACCUUAUAUAUAUUUACCCUGAUGAUAAGGGAGGUCGAAAAAAUACACCAAAUUAUAAGAAUUUGUCAACUUUUGUUUACGAUACCGAGCUACUUCUCGAUGAUCCAUCUACAUUUUUUUCAUGGUCGCGAGGUGAUUAAGUUGGUAAACCGAUACUUAAACCUCUUUCGUCAAUUAAGAUCCUUGACUGUGAGGAAGAAUAUUGGAUUUGGAGGAGGUCAAGAGUUACUGCUGAUUACGACAUUUUUUUUUUACCAAUUUCAAGAAUUCGUAUUUCUUUGGAGUAUUGUGCCCCUUGCCAUAAGUGCUAAAAAAAUUUUACUCUCGGCCUGCUUUGCUUAUGCAGCUUUCGCAAGUAAUAUGAUACUUCGUAUAAGUUUUGUUUGGUACCUUAACUUGGGCGUCCUCUUCGCCGAGGUGAAAGAAUGCAUGUGUUUUGAACUCCAAUCCCAGAACGUCAAAACCAAAAAUCUUCAUCGAAGAUUGAAACGCAUUAUGGAAAUUUUCAUUGAUAUAAUUGAUGUGGUCUCUUUACUGCAAGGAAUUAUUAAUGUUUAUCUAUUUUUAAAUCUGUUCCACAAACUAUUUUAUAUAGUCGUCAUCUCAAACGAUAUGAUUACCUUUUUGCAAUUCUGGAAGUUUUUGCAGUGGUUUCUUUUGAUAAAAGUGACAAUCGAAAUCUUUGCUGUAGUUUUGGCAAUUCAAGAAUCAAUUAAUCAGUUUAGACACAUUCAAGAGCUCACCCUAGACCUUUUCCUAGCCUCCGAGCUGAAAGAUUGGACCAAAACGGUGGAAAUAUUUGUGACACAUUUACACCUAAAAAAGUUUAGGGUUCGUCUUCUGGAUAUGUUUGAUGUUUCCACUGAGUUUUUUCUGAUAACCAUAUCUGGUAUAGUAAAUUAUAUCAUUUUUAUCGUACAAUAUGUUAUGGAAAGUCAAAAUAUGCAGUUCUUAAUACUGUUUAAAUACUGUUUAUUUUCAAAUUCGAUUCAUGUCGCGGUGUAUUUGCAAAUUAAUUAUAAAAGAACAGUUCCCUGUUAGUUUCUAGUUAUUUUAUUUGUUUUAAAUAUAAAUAAAGUAUCCAAUGUUGUAUCUUGUUUUCCUGGCUAACCUUAGAAAUGGAUCAACCCUCAUUAUGUGACAAUAUAGAUAUAGAUAAUUCUAGCCAGAAUAUAAAGCUUUCAAAAGUUUGUAUGAGCUUGUACUUAAUGGUAUUAUCUGUUUGACAGGUGAUGCAUGAUGCAAGCCCUUAGGAGACUUCAGAUCUUUUCAAAAGUUAUCUUUUCAUUAGCUAACUGCAUAACAGUUGAGUAUUGAGUAUUGUGGUUGAAAGUUAGCAAGUCAAAUCCAGUUCCCGGGAUGAAUGUAGCCCAAGCAAUUUUGCGUGGCAUGUUUUUAGUUGCCAAAUGGAUGGGUUUGUUCCCCUUCCGUUUUGAGAAAUCAAAAGAAAAUACUAUGAUCAUAGAGGAUAUCUGGAGCCAUCGUUCGUUUUGGAAGUGGUUCACAAUAAUCCUGCGACUCGUUCCCGUUUGGGUCAAUAUUUAUACCUAUGGAUUGUGGAUAAUGCAGGCGGAAAUUGUGCUCUCAGUACUGCACUACAGUCAUCUUUUAAUAACGACAAUCUGCUACUUAUCGUGGAUUCAUCUUCAGAUUUGCCAUAACAAUGAGUUAAUUUACUUGGUCAACCAAUAUCUUAAGUUGUAUUGGCGAGUGAAGUCGCUAAAUAGCAGAAGACCUGCCAGAUUUGGAGGCCGAAGAGAACUAUUUCUGAUUGUAAUUUCUUUGGGCUGCCAGGCCCAAGAAAUCGUGUUUCUGUUGGGAUUAAUGGAGUGGGUCAAUAAUUUUGGUGGUGUCCCUUAUGGUAUAAUAUCCUGGGCUUCCUUUACAUAUGUCAGUUUGGCGACCAAUAUGAUCAUACGUAUCUGUUUUAUUUGGUACCUUAGCCUAAGUACGCUCUAUACCGAUCUAAAGGAAAAAAUCAAUUUUGAAGUGCAGUUUAAAGUGCAGACCCAUAAACUUGAUCGAAAAGCAAACAUCACCCAACGAUUAAAGAAAACAAUUUCUAUUUUCAAGAAGAUUUCUUAUGUGGUAACUUCAUUGCAGAGUAUUUUUAAUGCUUACCUAUUUUUGAGCCUGUUCAAUUCACUAAUGUACAUUGUCGUGCUCUCUUACAAUAUGAUUAUCGAUUUGAACUUAUUCGAGUUUUGGUUAAGUUCCGUUAUCAUUAAAAUUUUACUCGAUGUCUUCACCUUAUGUUCGGUAAUUGAUGAAGCAGUCAAUCAGUUUCAAUGCAUUCGGCUACUCACCCUUGAAAUCCUCUUUACAGAUGACCUUAAAAAUGUCAACCAAACUGUGAGUGAAUCUCUUACUUGAGUUUUACUGAAACUUAUAAGAUUCAUCUUAUCCCUUAGAUAGAAACAUUCGUCACCCAUCUAAUCCUAACCGAGUUAAACGUCCGACCUUUGGGACUUUUUAAUAUCUCCAACAAACUAUUCCUUCGGAUUUUCUCGGGAGUAAGUAGUUAUGUGAUUUUUAUUGUUCAAUCUGUACUUCAAAUACGACAAAAGUAGUGCUAGAUGUGAUUUUGUAUUAAAAUACGAAACAUUUGUCUACAUUCUAACCAUGUAUAUUCUUCAAUACCUUAUAAACCUACAUAUUAUUGUAAAAUAUGCCUGUUAACCACAAUAUAUGAAUAUUUUCUAACUUUACCGAUACUCAACUGAUUUAUAAAUAUAGUUUUAUCUUGCAUCACCUGUCGCAGACAUUUACUUCCCCGCCUUUUAAUCGGAAACCGAGAUUUUAUCAAAAGUUAAGUAGCCAUUAACGUAAUUCAUUCAGAAAGACUUUUCAGUUUCGGCCGAGGUUUAACGCAAACAAGUCCUGCCCAAAUUUCUGGAGAUGUAUGCUUCUAAAUUUUCUUCGGUAAUCCUUCGCGGCAUGUUUUUUUACGCCAGAUGUCUGGGUCUUGUCGCCAUCCGAUUUAGGAAACCGAGGGAUAAAGUUAUUGGCAUGGAGAAAACUUGGUGUAUUCGUCGAACGUGGUGGAAGUGGUUUCCUGUUAUCUGGCGACUUUUACCUGUCCUCGCAUAUUUUUAUACAUACGGUUCAUGGAUUUGCAGCAGAACACGUACAAUUAAUAUAAUACUGAACUCAAUUCGCCUUGUGCUUUCGAGUGUCUGCUAUCUGUCGAUGAUUUACGUGCGGAUUUUUCAUGGAACAAAGGUGGCUAAGUUGAUCAGUCGAUAUUUGGCUAUCUUUCUGCGGAAAACCUGGAGACUUGGAGGCGGACGAGAGUUAUUCCUAAUCUUUCUUUCGUUAAGUUGCCAAGUUCAAGAGAUCAUGUUUAUGUGGGGAAUAUUAAAAUGGGAACUCAGUGUAAAAAAUAUAAUCGGGUGGGCCACUUACACUUAUGUAGUUAUUGCUAGCAAUAUGAUUAUGCGUAUAAAUUUUAUUUGGUACCUUAGCUUGGGUGUUCUCUAUAGAGAUUUGAAUAAAAAUUUAAAUAUUCAAUCAAGAUCUCUAAGGUAUAAGUCUUUGCGUUUUCGGAUAAAAAGAACCCAGCGACUGAAGAAAACCUUUUCGCUUUUCCGGGAGCUUUCCUAUGUAGUUCCCGUUCUGCAGGACGUUUUCAAUGUGCACCUAUUUUUGAACACAGUGCAGUCAGUUUUUCACAUAGUGGUGAUUUCUUAUAAAAUGGUAAUGGAAUUAAACUUUACUAAGUUUUGGUUAUGGCUAUUUUUUCUUAAAAAUAUGGUCGAUUUGCUCAUUCUAACUUUAGCUAUUCAAGAAGCAGUUAAUCAGUUUAGAUACAUUAGGGAACACGUUCUAGAUAUUUUCUUUGUCGGCAAGUCAAAAGAUUGGAUCAGAUCGGUGAGUACAUUUAUUAAUUGAGUUCAGCAGGUGCUCAUUAGAAAAUUUUCCUUUGGCUUUAGGUGGAAAUGUUUGUCACCCAUAUGAACCUGAACGAUUUUAGGGUUCGGUUUUUGGGCCUUUUUGAUGUUUGCAACAAACUAUUCCUUGUGAUUGCAUCUGGAUUGGUUUGCUAUCUAGUUUUUAUCGUACAGUUUGUAAUGCAGAUUCGAGGGAAAUAGUUUGAUUACAGCAAAAAUGAAAAGGGAAGAAAAUAUGUUUAUAUUUCGGAACCUGAUUAGAAUAAGUGUUCGUAUUGAUGUUAAUAAGUCUAUAUUAGAUGACAAACUCCGCUAAAAACGAUGGGUUCUAUAAUAGAACUACUAUUUACAUAAUUUGUUAAUCUAUAAAGAACGCAUAAACUAUAUUGUUAAACAGUUGUAAUAUUUUUCAUCACCAAUGUCUACAAGAUAAACAUUUUACUUUGGAACGCUAAAUUUGGACUAUCAGUAUAAUAUUUAAUCAUAUUAAUAUUAUUGACUUAAGGCAAUGAACAACAUUCAUAGUAGACACACAAAUAAAUAAACAUAAAAGGCCUGCAAGAAAAUAAAUCAAGUAGGUGAGUAAUUUUUCGAGCUAUGAAUACUGGGACUUCAAAGGGACUCCCUUCAGUCAUGAUUGAACGUCUUAGGAAGUUGAGCCUGCCAGCCGUCACCGCGGCUAUCCUGUUUUGCAGUUACCACUAUGGAAGGGUCCUGGGAGUGAUUUGCUUUGACAUUGGUAAAAGAACCUCAGAUCAGUCCUUGGUGGGUCGCAAUCGGAACCGACUUAAAUGGUACUGUCUGAGUUUACGGCUCAUUAGCGCCACGUCAGUAUUGUGUUUCUGUGCUCCUCACGUUGCGGAAAUCGAGGAUCGCUACAUUUGGAUGCUACAAUUCCUGCGUCUUUCGGCCAGCCUCAUAUGCUCCAUCUGCAUUAUAGUGGUUCAGAUUGGCUAUGAAAAGGAGCUACUUCGGAUGAUCAACAGUUUCCUGCGGCUUUUUCGACGUGUUCGUCGUUUGUCGUCCUUGAAAAGGAUUGGAUUUGGCGGCAAGCGGGAGUUCUUCCUGCUCACUAUCAAAUUCAUCUGCUUGGUCUACGAACUGUACUGUGAGUUGUGCCAACUGGGCCAUCUACACACUUUGCUAAUGUUGUCCACAAUGAUGUGGGAUAUAAUCCUGGAAAUUGGUUCUCUGAUGAUUAUACACAUUGGAUUCUUUGGAUACCUCACCGUAGCCGCUCUGUAUACCGAGUUAAAUAGAUUCGUGCGUGGUGAGCUAAGACGACAACUAAGAUCCUUGGAGCGUCCUGGCGGAGGUCCUGUAAGUCGACGACAACUUAGGAUCGUCGAAAAUCGCCUGGAUGAGUGUAUAUCAGUUUACGACGAAAUCGAACGAGUGGGCCGAUCAUUUCAUCGCCUCUUUGAAUUUCCCGUUCUUAUAAUUCUUAUUGUAAAGAUAUUUGCCACUGCUGUAUUAUCCUACGAGGUGAUCAUUCGAUCCGAGUUGUAUCCCAGUAAGGCUGGUAUGUGGGGUCUGGUGGUGAAGAGUUUUGCGGAUGUUAUACUCCUCACCUUGGCGGUUCACGAGGCGGUCAGUAGUUCACGAGUGGUUCGGCAUUUGAGUUUGGAGAACUGUCCCAUCAGCGAUCACAAGGAGUGGCACGUCAAGUGGGAAAUGUUCUUGAGUCGCCUUAACUUCUUUGAAUUUCGGGUUAGACCCUUGGGAUUGUUUGAGGUCUCCAACGAAGUAAUCCUGCUAUUUAUAUCCAGUAUGAUCACUUAUUUUACCUAUGUGGUUCAGUACGGUAUUCAAACCCAUCUAUUGUGAAUUGUGCUCAAAACAUACUUAUUAAUUUUAAUUACGAUUUUUUAACUGUUUUAACCUAUGUACUAUAUAUCAUUUAUCAAUA